AUGUGUGUUAAACACACCCCGAAAAUAAGUUCAGUAUAGUAGAAUUGUUUACAUACUUCGAAUUGACUAUGUGCGAAAGUGUACCUUACGAAGACCGAGAUAUCCCACAUAUAGUAGCUAAGUAGGAAACUGCAAUAUCCAAAGAAAUACCAGCGGUGUCUUGAUUAUUUAGAUUAACCGGGUUGAGAAACACAGCACCAUGCCAACUGUAAUACUUUUAGAUGUCUCAUUAUCAAUGAGCCGAGGAGUAGAUAUAUCAAGCCCAAGUCCUGAGGAUGAAGAAGUUGAACCUCUCCCCUUACGAAAAGACUUGGCAGCUCAUGGCUGCAACAUUUUGCUUGAUCAUUUUACUCAACAUUGCAAACUGGAGUUUGCAUCUUUGAUUGUGUUUUCUUCAGUUUACAAGGUUUUAAUGCCAUUCACUAGAGAUUUUGAUGCUAUUAAAAAUGCCUUGAAUUUGGUUGAUGAAUGCGACAGGACAAGCAUUGAGGUUGGGCUAAUGGGAGCAGCACAACAUGUCUUAGAAGAAUGGGGCAAUGGUACCCCAUGUCAGAUUGUUUUGAUAACAGAUGGCAAUGCAGGAGCUGGACAGCAUAAUCUUCAGAAAUCAAUGAUGUCUGCUCACUCUCGGGUUGCUUCUCAGUUCCCGCUGCCUUUUCCUUUUCCAGCCAAACUAAGUAUUGUCUGCAUAGCUAACCCAAACGAACCAUCUCUACAGAUAUCAAAUUCGCUAUAUCAGCGUCUCAUAGAACUAAACGGGGAAGGAGACAUAUUGGUCCCAGAAGGAGGUCUGACCAAAAAGUCUGUGUCUGAGAUGUUUGAACAGUUGAUAAAGACUAACUUUUCAUCUUAUUCUGGGACUCUUCAUUGUGGUAAACUGUCUGCCCCUGUUACUUUAUCGCCACCACCACAGCCGUACUGUCGUCAUCAUGAUUUUGAGGUCAUGCGAGUAAGUGUAGAUUCUGCUAUACAUGUUUUGGGCUUCCUGAACACAGGUGAUGUGUCCUCACCACCUGCAUUCUCACGGCAUCUAGUUCUCCCUCUUUCAGCCAAAGGAGACAUGGUUAUGUUACCAAAGACAGAUGCUGGGAGUGAUGAUGAAGGAGGAGGUAAUGAUGAAGGAAAGAUUCCAUCAUUUUGUGUUUUAUUACAUGGAGGUUUAAAGCGGGAGAAUAUGGUUGCCCUUUGUCAGGUUGGAGAAAAUUGGUUUGGUAUUUUGUAUUCUUGGGCAGACAACAAGAAAAAGUCGAAUUUGAUGCUUUCUAUAUUUGUACCUGGGACUGAUAUCAUUCCAUGGAUGGGUAAGUUGUCAAGUCUAGGACCAGCUUCCAUGUUACCUGUCAAUCCAUAUGGGACAUCUCAAAAUGCUUCACCAUUCCCUCUAAAGGUCCCAGAGAAAAAGAGUUAUGGUCUUAACUGUGUGGUUUGGGUUCGGCAGGGUGGCUUGCAGUCAGACAUUCAGAAGAUUCUGCGUCAUGCACGCAAACUUCCUGACAAAACGCAAAGCUUUUACAAGGAAUUGAACAGAGUUCGUAGAGCAGCACUUGCAUAUGGUUUUGGUGAAUUACUAGAAGGUUUAGCCAAUGUACUAGAGCGUGAAUGCACCCUUUUACCUUCAACGGCUCAUCCUGAUGCUGCCAUUCAGCUCCAGCAUGCUUAUGAAGCACUUCGAAAUCAUGACAAAAAGGAUUUUAGACAAAACAUUGCUCCUUUGAAAACUACUUUUUCAGCAAAUGACUGAGCCAUUGAGAAGCAGUAAUUUAUUAGUUCGUACGCUGUGCAAAGAAUUUGUGUAUUAAGAAAGUACUGCUGAUGGGUUUAACGAAUCAUUAAGUAUCAGUUAAAACUCUUAUCCUUACUUAGUUUUUGUACUACAGGUUGAUGAAAUUAACAGCCUUGU